UAUAUUUUUCAGGGUAAUAUCAGUUUUAAUCAUUAUUUUUUUGAUGCUCAAAUUGUCCCAGAUGUAGGAACCUCUACAGACGGGCCCUUUUAAUGCAGCUCCAUUAAUCUUUGGGCAUUUCCUUGCUUUCUGACUAAGCCUUUCUGACUUACUCUCUUGCCCUGGACUCGGAAUUAACCAUUUAUUAAUGGUACCAUCUUGACUAAAAGCUGUCCAGUAUUUUUCUACUGUGUGAUUUUUUGGUCUUUAGAAUUACGCAUUUUUUGCCAUAAUGAAGUUCAUAUAUUCCAUCCUCCUGUUUCAUAAGUUUCAUUGUUAAAAUGGUUUUAUACUAGGCUACCUGGAAGGUAAAGAGUGCUUUUUUCCACUAAUGGAGUCUCUCUUGAUAUCUCUUGAUACUGUAUAUGUAACCUUAAAAUUUUAAGUUAAAGCUAUCCUCACCUCAGCUCCAUUAGGUAGUAUAUAUGCCCUUCAGACCAGUAGACUAUUAACAUAUUAAGACACUUGGCUGUAAUGGGUAGGUUUAGCUGUGUAACCUAAUGAUAAUGCUAAGUGGCAUUGAAAUGAAAGCUUAAAACACCCAAUGGGUAUUGUUGGGACAGAACUAAAACCAAGAACAACUUGGAAUACUUUAUGAAUAUUGUAGAAAACCUCAAUUUUUUCUGGGAGUAAUUCUUCUUAAGGAAUUAUUUACAAAGCUCUGAAUUCUUCCAAAUUAAGGCUUUUAAAAAUCAUACUGCUUUCAGGGUUAUUUUGGUUCAGAUAAGCUUGGUAUAUUUGGAUUUUUGACACAGAAAAAGGUUAAUCAAGAAUAAAAUUGACUAAGAGAACAGGUAGUAUACCCAGUUCUGUGCCUUUACCCCUGUGUUGGCCAUGGCUCUAUAAGAAUGGGUAUUAAGAAAAAGAAGAAUGGUUAUUUAAAAGGAGAUGCAGAAUGUGCUAGAAACUGCAAGAUAGAAAGAGGUACUCCUCAUAGCUAUCCUAACUCUACUUCAUAGCUACUCUACUUGAGAAGGUCUGAUGAAAUUACAGAAUAAAUAAGCAAUAUAUCUGGAGACAAAAAAACAGCUCCUAUCGCUAAGUUACAGUUUGAAGAUAGAUUUCUAAUGAUCUCCUGAUUUGUGUUUUAGAUAAUAGGAAAUUACUAAUACAGAUAUUUCACCUCACUACUCUAAAGAUCAGCUCUAGAUUUUGUGUAAAUGCUAAAAAAUAAAUGAAAAAUAAACAUGAGCCUCCAGUAUUUGAUUUCAAAUAAUUAUUCAAGCAUAUUAAGUGUAUGAUUGAAGUAGAGACUGAAUGACUUAGACUACCAUAACAACAAUUGUUCCUAAUGGGAAUCUCAUCCAAAUCAUAAAGCAUCUCAAAAAGUCCAAAAGAAAAACGUAGAAAAUGAUCAUUUUUCCAGUAAUUUGUUUUGGUGAUAUUUCUGUUUUAUUCGUGUGUUUAAUUUUAGAUUUUAAACUGUGACAUAAAUUGUAUUUAUAGCUUACAUUCUCUACAGUGUUGGUAAAGUAUCAUGGACACACUUGUGCAAUAAAUAUUUACCAGCUGUUAGAGGUCCUUCCCAAAGGCUUAGUGCCCCUCUGGCACAAAUCACUGUACAGUUGUCGUCUUGGGCAGAAAGCUGACGUUGAAAAUCUUGGCUAGAAUUCUUUUUGCUUAACCAAAGCAAACCUGUGGAGUUUUGAAUUAGUGAACCUUUUUUGUGUGAUAACUGAGGUUUCUGCCUUAUCCAAAUUUUAAUAAUGCAUACGGCAUUUACAUACUCACCAGAGGUCACCUAAAGCCAUUAGCUUUUCAUAUAUACUUCCAAUAAGACACUAAAUGCUUCUUUAGCUAUAAUCUGUAUCUCUGCUCGUGUUUAUUAAUUUUCCAUUAUUUUUUCUUGUAUACAGUGAACAUACUAUUUUUUUCCUUAAACUUAAAGAGAAGCUCUUUUUUAAAGUAUUAAUUAACCUUUUGAUCUGAUAAACAUUAGGAGAUUCCUUAUCCCCACAAGAGAAGAAAAUUGCAGCUAAUAAAGAUAUAAAGAUUUUCUGCCUAUUAAACAAGAAAACAAAGACUCACUUUCAGAAAACAUGGAUGCAUUCGAAAAAGUGAGAACAAAAUUAGAAACACAGCCACAAGAAGAAUAUGAAAUCAUCAAUGCAGAGGUGAAGCAUGGUGGUUUUGUUUAUUAUCAAGAAGGUUGCUGCUUGGUUCGUUCCAAAGAUGAAGAAGCAGAUAAUGAUAAUUACGAAGUUUUAUUCAAUUUGGAGGAACUUAAAUUAGACCAGCCCUUCAUUGAUUGUAUCAGAGUUGCUCCUGAUGAAAAAUAUGUAGCUGCUAAGAUAAGAACUGAAGAUUCUGAAGCAUCUACCUGUAUAGUUGUGAAGCUAAGUGAUCAGCCUGUAAUGGAAGCCUCUUUCCCAAAUGUGUCCAGUUUUGAAUGGGUAAAGGAUGAAGAAGAGGAAGAUGUUUUAUUCUACACCUUCCAGAGGAACCUUCGCUGUCAUGAUGUGUAUCGAGCAACUUUUGGUGAUAACAAACGUAAUGAACGUUUUUACACAGAAAAGGACCCAAGCUAUUUUGUUUUCCUUUAUCUUACAAAAGACAGUCGUUUCCUCACCAUAAACAUUAUGAACAAGACUACUUCUGAAGUGUGGUUGAUAGAUGGCCUAAGCCCUUGGGACCCACCAGUACUUAUCCAGAAGCGAAUACAUGGCGUCCUUUACUACGUUGAACACAGAGAUGACGAAUUAUACAUUCUCACUAAUGUUGGCGAGCCUACAGAAUUCAAGCUCAUGAGAACAGCAGCUGAUACCCCUGCCAUUAUGAAUUGGGAUUUAUUUUUCACAAUGAAGAGAAAUACCAAAGUUGUAGACUUGGACAUGUUUAAGGACCACUGCGUUCUAUUCCUGAAGCACAGCAAUCUACUUUACGUUAAUGUGAUUGGUCUGGCUGAUGACUCGGUUCGGUCUCUGAAGCUUCCUCCUUGGGCCUGUGGAUUCAUAAUGGAUACAAAUUCAGACCCAAAGAACUGCCCCUUCCAGCUUUGCUCUCCAAUACGUCCCCCAAAAUACUACACAUACAAAUUUGCAGAAGGCAAACUGUUUGAGGAAACUGGGCACGAAGACCCAAUCACAAAGACUAGUCGUGUUUUACGUCUAGAAGCCAAAAGCAAGGAUGGAAAAUCAGUGCCAAUGACUAUUUUCCACAAAACGGAUUCUGAGGACUUGCAGAAGAAACCUCUCCUGGUACAUGUAUAUGGAGCUUACGGAAUGGACUUAAAAAUGAAUUUCAGACCUGAAAGACGGGUGUUGGUGGAUGAUGGAUGGAUAUUAGCAUAUUGCCACGUUCGGGGUGGUGGUGAGUUAGGCCUCCAGUGGCACGCUGAUGGCCGUCUAACUAAAAAACUCAAUGGCCUUGCUGACUUAGAGGCUUGCAUUAAGACGCUUCAUGGCCAAGGCUUUUCUCAGCCAAGUCUAACAGCCUUGACUGCUUUCAGUGCUGGAGGGGUGCUUGUGGGAGCAUUGUGUAAUUCUAAUCCAGAGCUCCUAAGAGCUGUGACUUUGGAGGCACCUUUCUUGGAUGUUCUCAACACCAUGAUGGAUACUACACUUCCUCUGACAUUAGAAGAAUUAGAAGAAUGGGGGAAUCCUUCAUCUGAUGAAAAACACAAGAACUACAUAAAACGUUACUGUCCCUAUCAAAAUAUUAAACCACAGCAUUAUCCUUCCAUUCACAUCACAGCUUAUGAAAAUGAUGAGCGUGUACCUCUGAAAGGAAUUGUAAACUAUACUGACAAACUCAAGGAAGCCAUUAUGGAGCAUGCUAAGGACACUGGUGAAGGCUACCAGGCCCCCAAUGUUGUGUUAGAUAUUCAGCCCGGAGGCAAUCAUGUGAUUGAGGAUUCUCACAAAAAGAUUACAGCCCAAAUUAAAUUCUUGUACGAGGAACUUGGACUUGACAGCACCAGUGUUUUCGAGAAUCUUAAGAAAUACCUAAAAUUCUGAAACGCUGCAUUCCAUGGGAAUUGGAAACACACUGAAAUAUUUCAUAGUCUUAUUUCCAAUUGGGUAAGCAACAGUGAGAUUUUUUUUUAAGUUAGUAAUUUUUUAAAAUUUGCUUCUCCAUCCACAUUUUGUCUCGUGUAUAUCUCACUUGAUUCUACUGCUCUGUCCUUUGGCACACGUGCCCUUUAACCUAGGAAAGGGGUUUUCAAACCGUGCUCCUCAGAAGGACACGGAGGACAGGGUGAAGGAAGGUUUGGUGACAACACAACUCUCCCAGCUCCCCCUUCAGAACAGCUCUGUUUCUGUCUGUCCGAACUAACAUUUCCUUUGAAAAGUUUACAAAUCAAGGUCCUGCCUCUUUGCUAAUGAACACUUUUAGACACGUCAGCAGUAAGUCCUCCAGUUUCUACGUCUGUAUUUUAUGAAAAGAGGUAACAUUCUUCACAUUAGAAUUCAUUAGUCCGGGGUCCUCAGGUGUCCCGAUCAUCUCUUACGCUGAUGCUAGCUCAAUAAAGUUACAAGUUCCUGCAAGCGAUAGUUUUAUUAUUUUUAAAAAACAUUUGAGAACCUUUUCUAAAGCUGUUACAUUCACGUUGUAUUACCCAGCCGUCUGUGGUGCAUGCAGUUACUGCACAUGCUUAGGAGGGAACAGGACGUCAGUGUCUUCAUCUCUUUAACACAAGCUGUGCAGUAGGUUUAAUGUGCUGGAAUAGCACGCCCGAUUAGAAACAAAACAUCUGUCUCUGAAAGCUGUUUGGUGAUGAAGGAGAUUCUUCGUGUUGUAUUCAAGGACGAGGCCUUCUCCUUUGUCCAGUAAAAUGUCAUGCGUAUCAACCUCACCGCCCUUGUCGGCAAAACUGGUACUUAACCUUAUGCUUGCUCUUGUGGGAAUAUUGGGAACCAUUUCCUUUAGAUUUAGCGGUGAGGAGUCUCCAAAAUUCAGAACCACCAGAAAGACUCGGUCGAUGCCAUCCAGCUCUCUUGUGUACACGACAGAGUGGCUGUUAUUCCUCAGAUAGCAAAACCAGCCCCUGCUGAGGAGCAGCUCAUUGACAUGAAGCAAACUUAAUUCUUGAUAGAACUUCAGUGCUGAUCUGGGCUGAGUCUUUUGGACCUAUUUUAAAAAAAAAAAGAAAAAAUUAAUUAUUCACUUCUCAAAUAGUUGUUAGCAGGUUUUUUUUUUUUUUUUUUUUUUUUAGUAGUCUUAGUAUCAAAUAAGGAACUUAUUUCCCAAAAAAGUUUGCUUCGGUUUUGCCCAUUAAAAUGACUACCAAAUUGUAAGUAUUGAUAGGUUGGUAAGAGUAGUUUAUUUAACUACCGAGAGAUACUGCAAAUGCAGGGAGUCAUUGGGUGCACAGCGUUCUGCUCGCAUUUUGGCCAGACGUUAUGAGAGACCAAAUUUGACUCCACUUUAGGUAUCUCAAAACAGUGUCCCUGUCUAAGUUACCUGGUGUUUAACUUGCCUAACUACAGUCCCUUUAUGCUACAUUGUAACUGGAAGAAAGGCUGCCACUGUGGCCAUGAACUGGGAGGGCUUCCCUGUUCUCUUUUGUAGAAUAGUUUGGAGGUCUCUUUAACUUCAGCAGACACGUGUUCCUUACGUAGCCAGUGGUGAACAGAAAGUUGCAAAAAAGGACGCAAAGCAAAAUGCUGCCUACAGGGAAAGUUUAAAAAUUAUACUUCUUUAAUGUGUGUUCAUUAAAGAAGAUUGGGGUUUAUUUCACAGCUAUAUAGAACAUACAUAAUUUAAUUUCAAGCGCCUUCUCCUGUGAUUAUAGUAAAAUGUCAUUUUAAUAACAGGAUAAUGUUUGGUUGAAUGGAUAUACCAAAUUUAAAACCAUCCCUCUCAUUUCAGCAUUCAGCUUUCUAAUAUUUUCUCAUAUUUUUAGUGCCUCUCCCGUAUUUGGAUUAUUUAUUUAGGACAGAAAGACAAUUACUACGUCAGAGAGUAUGUAUACUUGAAACAUAAUGCCAAAUUAGUCUUCAUAAGAGCUGUUGCCAAAUCAGUGGUAAUGUUCAUUUCCGUGGACUCUUGCCAGCCAUGUUGACUGCGGCGGUGGUGGCUGUCAUUGCUGUUAUCAUUGUUGUUGCUGCGGGGCAGGUGCCUAAUGUGUGGUCUUCAGUGAACAUCUACUGAAUGUUUGAAAAAUGUUUAUUCUCUGUUAUCAGGCACAAAGGUAUUUAUGGUACAUGUAUAUGGUAUAUGUAUAUGACUUGUCAAAUUACUAUUAACAUUUUCUAUAGCCUUAGAUGAUGCAUGGAAAAGCAUAGUUCAGUGCCACUCACAUAAGAAGUGCCCAGUAAGUGUUAACUAUUAUCUGUGUCUACUUUCUAGAAGUAUGUUGAAGUGUCUCUCUGUAAUUGUGGAUUUGUCAGUUUCUCUUGGCAUUUCUCAUAGUACUUGUUUUAUAUAUUUGGACGCUAUUGUUAGAUGCAUAGAUCAUGACUUGUAGUGGAAUGUUCUUUAACAGUUUUUGAAAAUUACAUUGGUCUCAUAAUGCUUUUCAUAUUGAAUUCUAUUUUGUCUGCUAUUAAAUAUUUCCACACCUGC